CCGCGGGGACCUCGCGGGCGGCCGGAGCCCGGCGCUCGCCUCCAGGAAGCCGCGGGUCGGCGCUCGCCCCCGAGGGAGCCGGGACCUCCGGCGACUGAACAGAAGCUGCCCUCCCAUUGAUUCGGCCCCGUUGGGCGAGAGGCCGGGCGAGUGUCCCGAGCGCGUGCGGAAGGCAGAGGGCAGGAAGUCGGGCUCCUGCGGCGAGGGUGGCGGCCGCCGCGCCGGGCGGACGGGGCGAGCCGCCUCAUUGAUGUGUCCCCGCCUCGCCUUCUCCCCCAAGCCUUCAGGGAGCGACUCGGAGCUGCGUUCCCCGCGCGGAGGCCCGGAAGGGCUGGCUGUCUGAGCAACAUGAUUAUCCACUAAUAUCCAAACUUCCCUUUUUUUAACCCAAAGAGUAUCGGUGAUUUUUGUCCACUGCGAGCAGAAGAACCCGGGACCCUUGAGAUGCAGCAAAGCCUUUAUUUAUAAACAGGCCUGAGGUGUGACAUGCGCGCGCCCCCUGCCCACUGAGUCAGUGCUCUAUCCUAUGGAUAUCGGUCCCGAGAGCUGAAGGAGACGAGUUUGCACUGGGUCCCGCGGCCUCCGUCCUUUCAAUGCCCAGUUUCCUCUGGGACUGCUGGCCUUCCCUGGAGAUCAGAGCGGUGCUGUGUGCCAUGGGCUGUAUCCAGAGCAUCGGGGGCAAAGCCAGAAUCUUCCGGGAAGGAAUCACGGUGAUUGAUGUGAAAGCCUCGAUCGACCCCGUCCCCACCAGCAUCGACGAGUCCUCCAGCGUGGUGCUCCGCUACCGGACACCCCACUUCCGGGCCUCGGCCCAGGUGGUCAUGCCGCCCAUCCCCAGGAAGGAGACCUGGGUGGUCGGCUGGAUCCAGGCGUGCAGCCACAUGGAGUUCUACAACCAGUACGGGGAGCAGGGCAUGUCCAGCUGGGAGCUCCCGGACCUUCUGGAGGGCAAGAUCGAGGCCAUCAGUGACUCGGACGGGGUGAACUACCCCUGGUACGGCAACACCACGGAGACCUGCACCAUCGUGGGCCCCACCAAGAGGGACUCCAAGUUCAUCAUCAGCAUGAACGACAACUUCUACCCCAGCGUCACGUGGGCCGUGCCCGUCAGCGAGAGCAACGUGGCCAGGCUGACCAACAUCUACCGGGACCAGAGCUUCACCACGUGGCUGGUGGCCACCAACACCUCGACCAACGACAUGAUCAUCCUGCAGACGCUGCACUGGCGCAUGCAGCUCAGCAUCGAGGUGAACCCCAGCCGGCCCCUGGGCCAGCGCGCCCGCCUGCGGGAGCCCAUCGCGCAGGACCAGCCCAAGAUCCUGAGCAGGAACGAGCCCAUCCCGCCCAGCGCCCUGGUCAAGCCCAAUGCCAACGACGCUCAGGUCCUCAUGUGGCGGCCCAAGUACGGGCAGCCGCUGGUGGUGAUCCCGCCCAAGCACCGGUAGCAGCCGGCCGGGCGCCUGCCCGCUCCGACUCCGACGAUGAGACCGCUCCGACGCCCCACGAGGACGCCCGUCAUCCGGCAAAAUACAACCAUUCUACCUUG